AUGCUCCGAUUCAACUGGUGUCAGACAAACCUCAUUUCCUUGAGAGUGGUUGAGUACACGGGUCCAGAGUCGUUCGGAAAUCUUUACUCCGUCAAAUCUGUCCCGGUCCUUGUCAGAUUUUUCGAGCUUGCGUCUAGUCAGCCGGAAGUAAACUCCCACUUUCCAGGAGCUGAGGUAUACUAUAUGCCAAACAAAAAGUUCACUAGUACAUGGGACGAGCUUGUCUUCGAUGCAUCUUAUAAGGAUGAUUUCUUGACCAUGGCCAUCAACACAGGUAUGUGAGAGAUCAAUUCAAGUAGCUGUUCAGGGCUCAUCAAGUCUAGAACGUUUGAAUCGAACCUCUAAUAAAUUUACAAUGUUAGAGGAUCGUAUCAUUCUCUUACAUGGCCCUCCAGGAACUGGAAAAACAAGUCUCUGCCAAGGCCUCGCCCAAAAGGUAUCAAUUCGUCUAUGUACCGUGUACCAGAAAAAGCAACUUGUUGAGAUCGGAGCGGCAACUCUAUUAUCAAAAUUCUUCUCCGAAAGCGCGAAGAUAGUCGAUCAGAUCUUCCGUUCACUGGCUGAUCGUUGCGAGAAGAACCCCGAUAGCUUUUACUUUGUUCUAAUCGACGAGGUAGAAAGUCUUGCCAUGUCAAGAGAGUCAAAUCAUCAGCGAGGAGAGCCUCAAGACUCCCUUCGUGCUACCAACGCAUUCUUGACUGGUCUUGACCGUCUUAAACCCUAUCCAAAUAUCCUUGUCAUGUGUACGUCGAACUUGAAAGACUCCAUUGACACAGCAUUCCUCAGCCGAUGUGGUUGCAAUGCCAUCGAGGUUGGAUUACCGUCCGUUAGGCUUCAAUACGAUAUUCUAAAGGGUCAACUUCAAAGUCUCAUCGAACAGAAUAUCAUCGCACAUGAUACGAAUGUUCUUCCCUCUAUCGAGCUCGCUAAGCAACAAACUAUCGGGGGCUCAGAGACUGAUGGUGCUCGAUUGAUCCGCCUUCUCAAUGUCAUACAAGAAAAUAUGGAACCUCCGUCAGCCAGAUUUCUUCGUCAGCUGCCAAUCAAGUCGAUCAGUCGCUAUCUCAAGCGAAAGGACUGUAACCUACGGAUGGCAUUCGGUUACAUGGAAAGAAUUAUCUCAUCAAUGGGAAGCGUCUUGUCAGACAAAAACGCAUUCAUAGAGGAUCUAGACGGCCGAUGCGGAACAAAAACUCCUGAUCCGGAUGAAAGUAAGAAGACUAUCACUAUCUUCAGCAAUACUCGGAAGAGAACUUGGCAGAUUUUUGUCGAUGGAGAGUUAUGCCAGGAUGACAGAAAGAAGAUCAUAUCGCUUCUGAAUAAUUAA